AUGGAGUCUACAGGACAAAAUCCUCCACAAAGGAAUCACACUACACUGGUGGAAUUUCUCUUCCUUGGUUUUUCUGAUAUUCCUAAUAUACAAGAGUUUCUUUUUUGGUUGUUUCUGAUAAUCUAUAUAAUUAUUCUGAUGGGAAAUAGCCUCAUUAUCAUAAUAACCCAUGUUGAGCCUUCUCUCCAUAACCCCAUGUAUUUUUUUCUUGGGAAUUUUUCCUUUUUGGAAAUAUGUUAUGUGUCAGUCACUGUCCCAAGAUUAUUAACCGACCUCUGUAGACAAACCAGAAAUAUUUCCUUUGUAGCCUGUGCUACUCAAAUGUACUUCUUUCUGGUCUUUGGAGCUACUGAGUGCUUUAUCCUGACUGCAAUGGCUUAUGACAGGUAUGUAGCCAUUUGUAGCCCCUUGCUCUAUUCCAUCAUCAUGAACCAUAGGCUGUGUAUCCAACUGGCCACAGGCUGUUGGGUCAGUGGGAUCCCAGUACACAUGGGGUUCACCUACUUGAUCUUCUCCCUACCUUUCUGUGGCCCUAACCAGCUGAAUCACUUUUUCUGUGACAUACCUCCUGUGCUUACACUGGCUUGUGGGGACACUCUUGUGAUUGAGAUGUUGAUUUAUGUGAUUGCUCUUCUAGUUGUCACUAUUCCUUUUAUAUUGAUACUUCAAUGGACAUAUAAUAUAUAA